AUGCUCAUUGGUUUUGGUGCUAAAAACAACCAUGCCGCGGCAACCUGUACUUUCGCCUUCUGCGCUGGACGUGGACAGCCUGUCAGUCUGUUUCAGGGCGUUACGCGGGGACGCAUUGUGGCGCCUCAGGGCUCCUCCGGAUUCGGCUGGGACCCCUGUUUCCUGCCUGAAGGUCAACAGUCCACCUACGCGGAGAUGGACAAGGCCACAAAGAACACCAUAUCGCAUCGGUUCAAGGCCGUGCAGGCGCUGCGCCAGUUCCUGGAUGAAAGCCCUCAGUUCCCUACUCCCCAGUCCUCCUCCCCUCCGUCAAAAAUUAGGCGCGUUUGA